CCGGCCGGGUGGGUGGGGGAGAGAGAGAGGGAGGGCUGUCUUCGGUAGACGCGGCCGCUGCCUGAUCUUUGGUCGCCGCCAUGCCGUACGCCAACCAGCCGACGGUGCGGAUCACCGAGCUAACGGACGAGAACGUGAAGUUCAUCGUGGAGAAUACGGAGCUGUCGGUGGCCAACGCUUUGCGCAGAGUUCUGAUGGCCGAAGUAGCUACGUUGGGUGAGUUGGCAUUCAUUGUUUGCACUCGCCGUCCUCACCAAGUCGGGGAAUCUCACACGUGUUUUCUCUUUGCAGCAAUCGACUGGGUUCAGAUCGAUGCAAAUUCUUCGGUUCUCCACGAUGAAUUCAUUGCACACAGAAUUGGGUUGAUUCCUCUAACAAGUGAUGAUAUUGUGGAUAAGAUGCAGUACUCCAGGGACUGUACAUGUGAUGAGUUCUGCCCAGAAUGUUCCGUGGAGCUGACUCUGGAUGUUAAGUGUAACGAAGAUCAGACACGGCAUGUUACCUCCAGGGACCUGCUGUCUAACAAUUCCCGUGUUAUCCCAGUAACGUCGCGGAGCCGAGACAAUGAUCCCAAUGACUACGUGGAACAAGAUGACAUCCUGAUUGUGAAGCUGCGGAAAGGUCAGGAGCUGCGGCUCCGAGCUUAUGCUAAGAAGGGCUUUGGAAAGGAGCACGCCAAAUGGAACCCGACGGCAGGCGUCUCGUUCGAGUACGACCCCGACAAUGCCCUGCGGCACACCGUCUUUCCCAAGCCUGAGGAAUGGCCUAAGAGCGAGUACUCGGAACUCGACGACGAGGAGAUCCAGGCACCCUAUGACCCCAAUGGGAAACCUGAACGAUUUUACUUCAACGUUGAAUCAUCUGGAGCGCUGCGGCCAGAAACAAUAGUCCUGUCUGCCCUGUCUGGGCUGAAGAAGAAACUCAGUGACCUGCAGACAAUGCUGAGCCACGAGAUCCAGAGUGACGUACUCACCAUCAAUUAGCAGGGCCGGCCCUUGCCCCCAACCCAACACUCAACCCUUCCAGGACUCAUCCACCUGAUACUUUGCUCAGUUCCAAACAUCAAUAAAGCUCACAUUUUUUUACUGCU